AUGCCCGCGCCCGCCAAGCAAACAUCAAUGCUUGGCGGUCCCCCUCCGGCGGGAAGCGGAAGCGAAGAGCGAAAAUCGUCCCUCGGGGAUCCCCCCCCCCAAAAGCCCCCUGGGGAGGCCGACCAUGGCAACCACGACUACUGCAUCCAGGACUGCAACCAGAACCCGAAUUGCCCUACGAGCCUGAGCCUGUGCGGCGGGGGGGACGGCGAGGCGACGGGCGACAAGGCCAAGGCCAGGGUCAAGGGGCCGCCGCUGCGGGCUGGGCCGGGGGCGGCAGGUGCUGCUGGCGCGGAGAAGGGUUCUGGCGAUGCUGGUAACUCUGCGCGGAAGGGCGGCCCUGCGGCCAGGAAGAAGAACAAGGGCGGCAAGUAG